AGAAGAGAUCCACAUAUUUCUGUGUCAGAACGUUUCGUUUGUUACAUCUGUGUUGUUCUUGGAUACUGUACUUGAUGGUACAACAUCGGAUAUAUAUGGCUGAUUAACAACAUAUAUUUAACAGCACCAUUAGGCGGACUGCAGAAUAGAGAGAGUUAUAUUGUUCUGCUGCUCAUCACCGCUAAAGUACACAACACGGGUGUGACAACCGGACCUCUAUCUCUCCCGAUCUCCAACACAGCUGACCAUGAACAGACAACAUGUCCACAUGGUGCCUGCCAAACAGUCAACAGCAGACAGAGUUGCCACAGCAGUGAACGCCAGAGAACUGAAGGGAGUUGACGACGCUUUCUAUGUUAUGGAUGUCGGUGACGUCGUCAGCAACCAUCGACGUUGGCAGAGAUUAUUGCCACGGGUGGAACCAUUCUACGCUAUCAAGUGUAACCCUGAUCCAUUACUGCUUCGUGUUCUUUCUGAACUGGGAACCGGAUUCGACUGUGCAAGCAAGUCUGAGAUGGAGAUGGUAUUACAAAUGGGAGUGGCCGCAGACAGGAUAGUGUAUGCCAACCCAUGCAAACAGAUUUCCCAUCUUGAGUAUGCAGUAAAGAACAACAUAGAUCUCAUGACUUUCGACAAUGAAGAUGAACUCUACAAAGUCAAGUCAACGUAUCCAGGUGCAAGACUCCUCCUACGGAUUGUCCCCCCAGCUAACUACAAAGUUCUGUACGACCUGUCCGAGAAAUUUGGCUGCCACCCUGGUGACGUCAGCGGCAUCUUGAGGACAGCAAAAACUCUCGGUCUAAAUGUUGUCGGAGUUAGUUUCCACGUUGGGAGUGGAGCAGAGGACCCGGAAGCUUUUGCUGCCUCGCUACAGAGAUCACACAAUGUGUUUGCUAUAGCAGAGAAAUUAGGAUUCACACCAAAUAUUAUUGACAUUGGCGGAGGUUUCUACGGUCACAAAGGAGCACCCCUUUCGUUUGAAAAGGUUGCCACCGCCUUGAACAAGUCUCUUGACAAGUACUUCCCCGUCAGCUCCAAUGUCAAGGUCAUAGCAGAACCAGGGCGGUAUUUUGCAUCAUCAGCCUUCACCUUACUGACUAGUGUGAUCGGAAAAAGGAAAUGCCUUUCAAAAUAUAGAGAUCAUAAGAACUCAGAGAACAAUUGUGAGUCGGAGACGUCAAGUGACAACAAACCAACCUUCAUGUACUACCUCACAGACGGUGUAUUCGGAUCAUUCAACGUCAUUAUCUUCGAAGGCAUGCACAUAUCCCCUAAAUUAGUAAAGGCGCCCUCCAGUGACGUGACCUUCACCUCCAGCCUGUGGGGUCCGACAUGUGACAGCCUUGAUUGUGUACAGAAGGGCCUUUCUCUACCCGAGCUGCAGAACGGGGACUGGUUGUACGUUGAGAACAUGGGCGCCUACACCAAGAGCAUAGCUUCACGUUUUAACGGAAUGCCCAUACCUGGAUGUUAUUAUAUAUGCGAAGAAAAGGUCUGGGAUAAGAUUUUCACAGAAAAUGGACGACAUUUCAGUGGAAACCAUUCCUAAGUUAAUGUGAACAGCACCAAGAUCUACCAUUGUAUUCCAGAUGACAGUAUUUCCUAUGUAAGACACAGGUAUAGUCUGGUUUAUAAACGGGAAGGACAUGUAUUUUGGAGUUGACCAGUGUUAUCCGUGCAGUUAUGGGAAGUAUGACCAUGAGUUGCUUCCCUUGUGUCAGAUGUCUUCAGAAUGAAAAGGGACUUCUCUUACAGCUUACUUCAAAGAUACCGCGGGUUUGAUAAUCAGACUUUACACAUUUAAUGCUCUAUCAUGACGUGCUUUAUCCCUGUCAGUACUUAGCAAGUUUGUUGUCUAAUGCCGCACCCAGCAAUAUUCCAGCCACAUGACGGCGGUCUGUAAAUAAUCGAGUCUGGAUCAGACAAUCCAGUGAUUGACAUCAUGAACAUCGAUCCUCGCAAUUGGGAUACGAUGACAGGCAUAAACCGAGUCAGCGAGCCUGACCACCCGAUCCCAUUAGUCGCCUCUAACGUAGCAAGUAAUUUGUACCCUGGAGUAACCUAACCCGCCAUUAUUGUUUCACAAACAGAAUUUAUAUAUGGCAUCCAUGAAACACGAAUGUCUAUCAAAUCACAUUGUUGUCUUCGUAUCCUGGUUGUAAUGCAAGAGAUUGUUUUCCGCUAUUGUUUAUGCUGUUGCUACUGCUAUUUAUAUCUACAUGUUACCUUUUGUAGAAAGACUUGCAAUAAAUUGAAUAUACGUGUAUAGACCAA